AUGUGUGCUGCAAAAUUAAAGCAUGAAAAACCACCCAAAUUAAGCACUAAGGAAAAAGUGAAGGAACUGACUUCCUCCUCCUCCUCGAGUGCAUCAUCUUCUUCAAGUGAAUCUUCCUCAAGCGAAUCUGAUUCUGAUUCUGAUUCCACUUCCACUUCCACUUCCUCUUCCUCUUCCUCAUCUGAUGAUGAAUUAAGUUCUUCCAGUUCCUCUAAUAACUCUACUAGUGAUUCUGAUUCUGAUUCUGAUUCCAGCUCCUCCAGUAACUCUACUAGUGAUUCUGAAUCUAGUACCAGUUCAAGUGAAUCUUCAAGCAACUCAGAUUCUUCCAACGAAUCAUCUAGUGACUCAGACUCUUUCAGCGACUCAGAAUCCAACUCAAGUUCCGACUCUUCAAGCGAUUCUCCUAGCGACUCAGAUUCCUCUAGUGAUUCAGAAUCCAGCUCAAGUUCUGACUCUUCCAAUGAGUCUUCUAGCGACUCGGAUUCCUCUAGUGAUUCAGAAUCCAGCUCAAGUUCAGACUCUUCCAGCGAUUCAUCUAGCGACUCAGACUCUUCUAGUGAUUCAUCUAGCGACUCAGACUCCUCUAGUGAUUCAGAAUCCAGCUCAAGUUCAGACUCUUCCAGCGAUUCAUCUAGCGACUCAGACUCUUCUAGUGAUUCAUCUAGCGACUCAGACUCUUCUAGUGAUUCAUCUAGCGACUCAGACUCCUCUAGUAAUUCAGAAUCUAGCUCAAGUUCUAACUCUUCCAGCGAUUCUUCCAGCGACUUAGAAUCUGGUUCAAACUCAGACUCAUCCAAUGAGUCUUCUAGCGACUCAGAUUCCUCUGAAAAUGAGAAUGUAAAUAAUAAAAAGAGAAUAAGAGAAGAUAAUGACAAUGAAGCUACAAAGGAAAUAAUCAACUCUUCCUCUUCCAUUACGAAUAACACUAACACUAACAAUAACAACAAUAGUAACAACAACAGUACUAAGAGAAAAAAGUUGAAUAUAUCUGCAGGUACUGAUGAAAUAAAAGAGGGACAAAGGAAACAUUUCUCUCGUAUUGAAAGAGAAAAGAUUUCAUUUGAAGCCUGGGAAUUGACAGAUAACACAUAUAAAGGUGCGGCAGGUACUUGGGGUGAAAAGGCAAAUGAAAAAUUGAGUAGGGUUCGUGGUAAAGAUUUCACAAAGAACAAAAAUAAGAUGAAGAGAGGUUCCUAUAGAGGUGGUACUAUCACUUUAGCUUCUGGUUCAUAUAAAUUCAUUGAUUAA